AUGCAGUCUAUUAUCUAUGAUGCCAACAUAAGAGGAGUGAUUAAUGAAAUAUCUCUGAUGCAAUGUGAACAAAAAAGAAAAGUUGCUGAAGAUAGACUGAAUAAUCUUCGUGUAAAACUGGCAGCAUUGCUGCAGAAACUUCAGCUGGGAGGUCCAGUAGGAGACAUGGAGCAGUUGGAUAGUUACUUAGAAGCUUUGCUUAAAGAAGGUCAUCUUUUGGGGAACGCUUUCAGUAAAGGGAGUACAGAUGCAGGACAUGGUCUCCCUUUAGGGAACAAUGAAAGUACUUCUCAAAACUAA